AUGGUGGUAUUUGUCGACCUGGACGAUGCCUUUGAGCAUCACACCUUCUCUCCGGAGAAGCCCUUCCCCAAGCUGAUGGCGCAGGCCGCCACAGCAGACUCCGUUGAAUUCCCACCCUCACCCACUUGCUCGGAUGACGAGCGCGACGCGACCACGCGCGAGGAGCCGGAGAAUCCCAACCGGAACGCCUUCUCGGCGGCUUUGAGCUGCUACCCCAUCGUCAAGGAAAUCGCCCGCGCCGUCGAUUUGAAUACCCUCCACGCCCUGUCGCGAACAUGUCGCCAGUUCCACGUGAAUCUAGCGCCAUUCCGGCACCAGCUCGUCCGCGAAACCCUCCGCUGCGAGAAUGAGUACAUCGAGACCGUCGCAGAAAUGCUAGACGGCAGAGCCGUCCUCAACGGCAGCGUCAAAUCCGUCCUACGGCUACUAAGCCAAGGCAACGGCGAACCGGGACGAAUGACGCGAGGGAAGGUGGGCAAGUGCGCGCGCGACAUGGUAGGCGAGUGUCGCCGCUGCAACAGGGUCGUAUGCAGAAACUGCACGAUCAAACCGCCCUCCAAAACGGCGCUCAAGAACCGUAUCCGUCGCCUAUGCCGAACAUGCGGCACUGCCCCGCUCUCCUGCCAUCUCUCCAAUACACACCCGGAACCAAGUGCUCCAGACCUCUUCAAUGACGGUUUGGAAUCUGCCGCCUUCGAGGCCUUUGCCCGUGGUUCGUGCGACUGCGACGACCUUGUAUGGCUCUGCACGCCGUGCGGCCAAACCCUGCGCAGCAACGACACAACCUACCGGCGCGUAUGGGCGUGGCGGACACGAUACAGCACAUAUCUCGGCGGCGGGCUAGGCACCGGCAUCGGUGAGGGAUGCCAGGGAGUGAAAUGCGGACGGGGCGAGGGGUGUCUUGCCGCGCAGGAGAUUGAGCUCGAGGUCGAUUGCGAAGCGGAUGAGGGCUCUAGUGAUUCCAGUAGUAGGGGCCACAGUCCUGCGGCCCACCCGCACCAUGAUGUACUCUCGAAUGAUAGCCAUGAUGACGAGGAGCCGGGGUAUUUCCGCCAGGAGAUUAUUGGGCUAGGGGGUAGGGUGAAGCAUAAAUCGAAGAAGCGGGUUAUGGUGGGUGCUUGUGUGGUUGAGUAUGAGGAUGAGCGCGAGACGGGCGAAUAUCUUGCCCGAGAGGAAGAUGGUUUGCAUCGGUCUUGGUGUGGGUGGUGUUCUAGGGUGAUUCCGGCGAGGACGGAGGCUCGUGACUGA